CUUUCUAAAUAUUUAGUCCUUUCGUCAAGUGGUGCAAGUACAGCAGCUAGUUCAGAUCCAGAAUCAGAACCACCGGCGCCUACAGUUCCUAGGAUUCGUCGUCAUCGACCAAAAAAGCUGCCACCAGCUGAAGUUCGUUUAGCACUUUUAGGCUUAACAUCUAAUAAUGAUGAUGAUAGGGCGAAUGUUGUCGACGGGAAUCAUGAACUCACAGAGAAUGAAGAAGACGGAGUAGACGAAGAAGAAGAAGAAGAAGAGGUCUUUGAUCUAGCUCACAAUGAUGAUGUCUCUGAAGCUGAAGACUAUGAUCUACGACCGGUUGAAAAGAUCCCAAAAGAAACACCUUCUUCAUCACAUAAAAAAGUUCGUCGAAAAGUGUUACCGGAAGCUCAAGAUUCUGAAGAUGCUGAGGAGGAAGAGGGUAGUUCUGAUCAAGGUGAUGGUGAUGAUGUUAACAAUGAUGAUAUAAAUGGGACAGAAAGGGGCGAAAAAUCUCGUCAUCAGAAUAAACGAAAAAAGAAAUUGAAACAGCGUACCAAAAUCUUGGAAAAGAAGCGUAAAGUUCAAGCAAGAAUAGAACGUGAAGCGAAACUGUGGUUAGCCGAUGACAAUUCUGAAGAAUUUUGUAAUGAUGAUCGUUUUGAUGAAUUUCUUCGAAAUCCAGCCUUUGAAAUUAGUCAAACACAUCCAGAGUAUAAAGAGGCGAGUGCAUUUCUGCAUUAUAUGAAAAUGCACAGAUCGAAAGUUGUAUAAAAUAACGCGUGUUUUUGCGCGCACAUACACAACACAAUAAAUGCCUUGUGGUAUGUUUUCUGCUACAAUUGUACAGUACAAUUCUUCCUAAGUUCUCUUUUGCCUUGCUACUUCUCCUCUUAUGACUACUCUUUUUGUAUAUUAUUACUUUGUAUCUUUAACACAACUGAGGUGUUGUAUUGAUUUUUUAUUUUUUGUUUCCCAGAAAUUUAGGAUAUGCAGAAAUAAAUAUACAUAUAUGAG